GAGGGAGGAGGAGGAUUAGUAUCAUGACAUAUAUUGACAAAAAGAAUCAGAUCUGUAAGAGAGACUUCAGUUUACAGACAUUAAAUAAGAUCUCCAGGAAGUUUAACGUUCCCCUAUCGCCUGUGUCUCUCCCCGGCUGCUGUGCUCAUCGUCCGAAGCAGCUUUAGCACAACUUUGGAAACAAAUCAUGUGGAUUAGUGCCAGCUUCAAAAAGUGAACAAUAAUUAAUUUUGAGAUGGCUGAACAUGACGGAAAACUGGAUACAUCUAUCAUUCCAGGACAGAUCUAUAUUGAAGUGGAGUAUGAUUAUGAGUAUGAGGCAAAAGAUCGAAAGAUUACAAUAAAGCAAGGUGAAAAAUAUAUUCUGUUGAAGAAGACAAAUAAUGAUUGGUGGCAGGUUAAGAAGGAAGAUGGCUCGAAGCCUUUUUAUCUUCCAGCGCAGUAUGUUAAAGAACUACCUCGGAAGGCAUUGAUGCCACCAGUGAAACAAGUACCUGUUUCUGUUAAAAUCAAAUCUGCUAGUUUAAGUCCAGAUGCCAAGCUACUGCAGGUAUCCACUGAAAAUCUUUCCAAACCACUUGAUUACUCCAGUUCUUUCAAAUCUUCUAUGGGACAAUUGCAGGCUCAGACUUCUGUACAAAACCAGAUGAAAAACCAAAGCACAAGUCAAACACAGAACCAGGCUUGUGUUCAAGGGAGAAGCCACUUGUAUUCUGGAGUCCAAAGUAGUGCCAAAGCUAGUGACCAUAGUAAAGGGCUUGGAGAAAGUACAUCACAGUAUUUAAGAGAUACAAAUCUUAACCGAAUUUCAGGUCAAUCACAGGAUUUUGAAACCCCGGAUGUAGAGAAAAUAAAAAAUUUGGUUCAUGAACCUUCAUUUGACUGGGCUCCAGAGAAUUCAGAAAGGCACCGUCAAGACUCUGAAUCUGGAGACGAGCAUAGUAGCAGUUCCACAGAACAGUUUCAGACAAUGCCACCUGCCAGACCAGAAUCUCCAGUGUAUGCAAAUUUGCAAGAUUUGAAAAUAACUCUAGCCCAUUUACCCCCAAUUCCCACUAGCCCUCCCAGGCAAAUCCAUGGUGAAUGGGAGGUGCACAAAGAUGCAACAGGACGGUUUUACUACUACAACAAGGGAACACAAGAAAGAAGCUGGAAACCACCCCGAAUGACCAGAGACAGUGUAAAUAGAGAACAUGAUAGCCAGGAGGAUUCUGUAAAUCAUGGACAUCACAUCACUGAAGAGAACUACCGCAGCAUUUACUCCAGCCAUACAGAUAAUCAAUUUGAUUUACCUCCACGUGGUUGGUCAGAAGAAAUGGAUGAGCGUGGCCAAACUUUGUAUGUCAAUGAAUAUACUGAUGAAAAGUGGAUGAAACAUAUUGAUGAUCAAGGCCGACCAUAUUACUACCGAACAGAUGGAUCCAAAUCUGAAUGGGAAUUGCCACAGUACAACAUUGCAGCAAAGCGGCAAGAAGUUGUUAGUAAAAGCAGAAGCUUGGACAGGAAGCCAACUGAGUCUGUAUUAAUGACAAAUUGGAGACAUAGCACAUAUGGAGUUGGGCAAUUGGACCUUGAUAAGUUCACUGCAAAAAAGCACAAGCGUAAUUCCUCUGAACAUCUCUGUGCUUCAUCAUCAUUGCUUCCACAGCAUCCUGAUCAAGAACCUCCAACUAGUCCAAAAUCAAUCCAUGAUAGCAACAAUGAACCACCCUCUUCGCCAAAAUAUUUACAGUCACCACCAGUUGUUUCAGAAAAAUAUGGAUUACUUUAUGUAACAAAGAUCACAGAGAAUGGCAAGAAAGUCAGGAAGAAUUGGACAUCGUCUUGGACAGUCUUGCAAGGGUCAUCUCUGCUAUUUGCUAAAAACCAAGGCAGUGGAAGUGGCUGGAAAUUUGGUGGCAACCAAUCCAAACCAGAGUUCACUGUGGAUCUAAAGGGAGCUACAAUAGAAUGGGCUUCAAAAGACAAAUCCAGCAAGAAAAAUGUAAUUGAGCUUAAAACACGUCAAGGAACAGAGAUAUUGAUUCAGUUGGACAAUGACCAUCUCAUCAAUGAGUGGUAUAAAGCUCUUGAGGAAACAAUUGGUAGUCAGAUGGUGGAAUCUGAUGAAGCUGCUGAAGAUGAUAUGCCAGAGUCCCCAGGAAUUGAAAAACAUGAUAAGGAUAAAACUAAUAAAGAUUUAAAGAAAUCACGGCCAGUAAAAUCUAGUAGCAUAGAUAAUGCAGAUCAAAAAAAGACAAAAACAAAAUUGAAGAAAUUCCUGACACGCAGACCAACACUCCAAGCUGUCCGAGACAAAGGUUAUAUAAAAGAUCAAGUAUUUGGAUGCAAUCUAAGUAGUCUUUGUCAAAGAGAGAAUUCAACUGUACCAAAAUUUGUGAUGAUGUGUAUUGACCACGUGGAGAGAGAGGGCUUAAACGUUGAUGGUUUGUACAGAGUGAGUGGUAACCUGGCUGUCAUACAAAAGCUUCGCUUUGCAGUCAACCAUGAUGAGAAGCUGGACCUGAACGACAGUAAAUGGGAGGAUAUCAAUGUCAUUACUGGGGCUCUCAAGAUGUUUUUCAGAGAACUACCAGAACCUCUGUUCACAUAUCAUCUCUUUAAUGACUUUGUCAAUGCAGUUAAAAUUUCAGACUACAAGCAGCGUGUUGAGGCUAUCGCCGACCUAAUCAGGCUCUUACCUAAACCAAACCAUGACACUAUGCAAGUUCUAUUCAAACACCUUGUGAAGGUCAUUGCCCGUUCUGAAGUAAACCGAAUGACCAAUCAAAGUGUUGCCAUCGUAUUUGGCCCCACCCUCCUGAGGCCAGAGAAAGAGACAGGAAAUAUUGCAGUUCACACAGUAUACCAGAAUCAGAUUGUGGACUUGAUCUUAACAGAGUAUGAAACCAUAUUUGGAAGAAGUUGAGAGAAAUGAGCACAUGAAAUACAACUCUACCAAAACCCACUAUGUGAAAAUAUAGUACAUUUUAAGUUUUUUUGUACCUUAAAUCAACCAGAAUAUUGGUAUGCUUUGCACUUGUUUUCCUCUGGUUUUUAAAUCUAUCUGUAUUUGUUUCCAAUGGUUAUCAAUCUUGAAAGCAGAUGGCUCUGCUGCAGAUGUUUUGCAUAACAUGUAGAACAGACAGAUGCAGGGAAGCAUGUCUCCUGGUAAUAACAAAAAAUAGAGACAUGAGUAUACCGUAGUUAUACACUGGGUUCGUUUGAAACAAUAUUUGCCUGAGGGUCUUAGCAGUACUUUUUCUGUACGUGUCAAUAUUUUUAGGCAAUUUCAAUUUCAUGCACAUAGUUGGCAAUCCUAUCUUGCAAUCUGUUUUACUAUUUAGUAUAGUAGAAGUCCUAAUAUUGUAUGUUGUCACUGAGUCCAUACAAAACAGUGACCAGACUUUGUUUAAUUUAUUUUUUUUACAGAUUUACUCAAAUGUAAAAGCUAAAGUAUUAAUGUGGAUUCUUCCUGGUUGAUGAGUGUGGACUUAAAGCUGUCCUACACCUGCUGUUAAUACAGAAGUCAUAUGAUCACACUCAGUGUUUCAGAACACUAGUGAUGUACAGAUAAAUAAAGAGCAUAAUACAAUAAAUAA